AUGGACAACGGCAUGAUCGAGCCCGCGUACCUGCGGACGAUGCAGACUAGAAUGAACCGCCGCGUGAUUUUCAUGGUUCCAAAGAGCCCAAACACGACAGCUGAUGGCUGGCACUUCAACUGGGGGUGCUGCUUCACCAAGAGCGACAACAAGAAGCAGCUAGGCUACGUCUUCGGCGCGCUGCAUCUGGACUAUUUGCGCGACCUCACUGCAAAGAUCAGCGAGAUCGCAUCCAUUUUUCAAGCAGAGAGAACCUUGGUGAUGGGAUACAGCAUGGGUGGCUUUGGGGCCUUUCAGCUCGGGGCGAUGGCUCCA